UAGAAACGUCAACGAGCCAGUGAACAUUAAGCGGAGCAGACCAAAAUCCCAAACAAGGAAAUGGUGGGGGAAUAAAACGACCAGAUUAUUUAAUUAAUGCAUGUAAUAAUUAAUAUUUUAUUUUAUUGUAAUUUAAGACGUAUUUAUGGGUUAAAAUGGAUUACGACUUCAAAACAAAGCUGGCAGCCGAGAGGGAGAGAGUAGAAGAUCUGUUCGAAUAUGAAGGUUGCAAAGUGGGUCGAGGCACCUACGGGCACGUUUAUAAAGCUAAGCGCAAAGACGGGAAGGAUGAGAAGGAAUAUGCACUGAAGCAAAUUGAAGGCACUGGAAUAUCUAUGUCAGCCUGCAGAGAAAUUGCUCUGUUACGAGAACUGAAGCACCCGAACGUUAUUGCCCUUCAGAAAGUGUUUCUGUCCCACAGCGACAGGAAGGUGUGGCUCCUGUUCGACUACGCCGAACAUGAUCUGUGGCACAUCAUUAAGUUCCACCGCGCCUCCAAAGCCAACAAGAAGCCCAUGCAGCUCCCCCGAGGGAUGGUGAAAUCUCUCCUGUACCAGAUCCUGGAUGGGAUCCAUUACCUCCACACCAACUGGGUGCUCCACAGGGAUCUGAAACCAGCCAACAUCCUGGUGAUGGGAGAAGGUCCGGAACGAGGGAGAGUUAAAAUUGCUGACAUGGGGUUUGCCAGACUCUUCAACUCUCCCCUGAAGCCCCUGGCGGACCUGGACCCCGUGGUGGUGACCUUCUGGUACCGGGCCCCUGAGCUGCUCCUUGGGGCCCGGCACUACACCAAAGCAAUCGACAUUUGGGCAAUUGGCUGCAUCUUUGCGGAGCUGCUAACGUCGGAGCCCAUCUUCCACUGUCGCCAGGAGGACAUCAAGACCAGCAACCCUUUCCACCAUGACCAGCUGGACAGGAUAUUCAGUGUGAUGGGUUUCCCUGCAGAUAAAGACUGGGAGGACAUCAGAAAGAUGCCAGAGUAUCCCACACUGCAGAAGGAUUUCAGGAGGACAACGUAUGCAAACAGCAGCCUCAUCAAGUACAUGGAGAAACAUAAAGUGAAGCCUGACAGCAAGGUUUUCCUCCUGCUCCAAAAACUCCUCACCAUGGACCCCACCAAGCGAAUCACGUCGGAGCAGGCUCUGCAGGACGCCUACUUCCUGGAGGAGCCUUUACCAACCACAGAUGUGUUUGCUGGCUGUCAGAUCCCCUACCCAAAGCGAGAGUUUCUUAACGAAGAUGAGCCUGAAGAGAAAACAGACAAGAACCAGACCCAGCAGCACCAGCAGACGACGGGCCAGACCCAGACCCAGGCCCAGCAGCAGGCGGCGGCCCAGCAGGCGCCCUCCCAGCAGAGCUCGGCUCAGACCAAUGGCACCGCGGGGGCCACUGGGGCUGCCGGGGGAGGCGGCAUGCAGCAUGGGCAGGACCAGGGCCCGCCCAACAAGAAGCCUCGGAUCGGGCCCUCUGGGGCUUCCUCCGGCACAGGGGUGCUACAGUCGGAAUAUCAGCACUCCAGCUCCCGGCUCGGUUACCAAAGCAACGUCCAAGGGUCCACUCAGUCUCAAAGUACCAUGGGAUACUCGUCAUCGUCCCAGCAGAGCUCCCAGUACUCCCAUCAGACACACCGCUACUAGGAGCCGUAGAAUUGCCUCCAGACCCCCUGCCCCACUUGACCCUUCACCCCCCGCUUUGGAACCAGCAGAGGAUGCAACUCCUCAUCUUUAACCGACACCCAGCAGCCUUCCUCGCCUCGGUCGGACCCCUAAUUUUAGGUGACGUCAUUCCAAUUUGGCCUUCCUCCGUUCGAAGCUGCUCUCAUCUGUCAUCUUAUUGUCUGAAACAUGAAGGCAAACACAAAUGGGAACCAAAAAAAAAAAAGACAACUUCUGCCUUGUGGGGUGAAACUAAAGGAAACAAAAUGCAAAAGGGAAGUGAAGGCAUCACGCAAACUGAGAAUCAUGGCACUUAUAAAUGCAACGUUCCUCAGCAGGACGACUUGCAGCUGUGUUCGUAUAUGUAUAUUAUAUAGCACCUUUUUCUAUUUGAUUCUUUUUUUUUUUGUUCUCUUGCUCGUUUGCUAGACUUUCGGAGUUUACCUUGAUAGUUGAUGUCACUCGAAAUAUUGUUACACAUGGGAGCAACGGGAUGCAAUGAAACGGUGGAGGAGCAGAACUUCAUCCUCGUCUCCGUCGUCCAAUCAGAAGAAAAGGAGCGUUGGAGUUAACUAACCCUGUCCGCCUACAUGCAACCAUGACCCAGAGACUCCUGUUCCCACACAGCGGGGGGGAGGGGGAAACGUCAGCUGUUGAGCUGAUGUCAGUGCAGGGAAAUAUUAAAACGCAGUUUAUUGGAAGCUUUGUAAUAUAGACUUUGUAUAUUUAGAUCCAACUCAUCUCAACCUGGAUUUGGAGAGCGAGAGAAGCAGUCGUCUUUAUAGAGCGCCACCUUCUGGGGGUUCCGCUUUUUGCCGGCGAUGACGGUAGUUUCAGGAGGCCAGACUCUUCAUGUUUGUGCUGCUGGAAACUUUGCUCUGAUACCCAUCUUAUCUCGGACCAUCAGAACUUUGAAGGUCUUUUUUUUUUACUAGUAUUUUAAACACAGAUGUAACGUGCGCAUUACGUACAGGGCAGCUAAAAUUACCCUGCCUUCCCCCCGAAAUAUGAUUCUUGAGACUGUUACUGCCUAAUGUCAGAUUUGUAUUUUUUUUUAAGGUUUAAUUGUUACCAACUGUGUGUAAGAGUGUGUGUGCAUGUAUGAAUUUUUAUUUGCAUGUUUUUUCAAACCUACCAGAAUUGCACUGAGCGCUGAACCCGUCUGCAACGAGCUGGAACAAACGCUGGGUGAGUUUUUGUCACCUGAACUUUUGCCUUUUUUUUUCUGGGACAAAUUUGCCAAAAUGUGACAAACAGUUGUUUGUCAAUAGCCUCAUUUGGCCACAUUUAGAGAUAAAGGGUGCGUUCUUUACUACCGCUAACAUGUUCAAUCUUUUAAGUUUAUUAACACUAUGAAUGCCAUAUUAGUUUUUAACUUCAAUAAAUUUUGGAUUUAUUCUGGCUUUUUACAGAGCCAAAAUCAUACAGUGCAUAUGUGCAUGCACCCCCACUGGUAUUUAGAUUAAGUAUGUCUUUUUAGCAAGUUGCAUAGAAACCACAUGAUUUGUUUUGCCAGCAGCAGCUUAUUUCAUAACUCACUCUUCCUACCAGAAUUGGUCCAGCUUAUUGAAAGCUGUUGGUUUCCAAGCACAGAGCUGGAUUGUGAGCAUAAUCCAAACAUUUUCCACAUGUUUAACAUUUGGAUUGUCCAGAAACCCAAUGUUAGCCUUCUUUAUCUUUUGGAAAAGUGAUACAAAAGUGACUUUUUCACACUCAAAUGGUGUAUUCCACAUUCAUCCAUCUAGCUGAUGAGUUGAAACUAACUGAUGAAUUACUUGGUAGCCCUCCUUCUUCAGUGACCGCAGCUCGGCCGGGCUGGCCCUAUUCCUGCCCUGGUUGUGUUUGCGUUGACCAGAGUUCUGCCUUCAAAGUGGGUGUACACCGUCAUACCAAACCGCAAACUUCCGGAAAUGUUCUCGGAUUUCAAAACUAUGGGUGAAGUGGCGUUUGUAAUUCCACUGUCCAAUCAGAUCAACAUCAAAGCACAAGCAAGUGAACAUAAUUCAGUUGCAAUCGUUUAAUUUCAGUGUGUAUUUGUACGUAUUGGGGCCACAGUUGGUGGUUUCUUUGUCACUGCAGAGAAAAAGUCACAUGUAUUUAUCUGCUUGAUGUGUGAUCUGUUCAGCUUGUUGAAUAUUUAAUGCAGUUGAAUUUGUUAUGCUUGUCAUUUAAAAAUCGACAGGGAAAAACAGGUGAUGACAGGAUGUUUUUGACGCUGCCGGUCAAAAUGAUGGAGAUUGAGAAAGUCUAAACGCUCCUCUGCCUGAAAGAUCUGGGAGAUGACCCAUGUCUGUACCCGGCCCCGCAGCCGGUGAACCAAUCAAUAGCCAAGUCUCGUCUGGGGGGCACAGAAUGGAACCAUAUCUCUUGAUAAGAGGUGAAGGUAAAACUGUGCCACUAGAGGAGUUCUGGGUAGGAUAUAUUUGCAAAGUAAAUUUAGUCUAUUUUUUUUUUUUUUUGAGUCCGUAUACUCCAGUUAACGAUUAAUCGAUCAGCCCUAAAACUAAGCUAACAUAUUUCUUUUUUUUUAAACAUCCAACAUAUAUACAUAUUUAUAUUUCUACAUGCACUUACAUAAUACAACAACAAAGAGAGAGAAAAUAAAGGGGGGGGACUCAGCAAACAUUUCAUGUGAGUCCUCAUGGGCUCACAUGAAAGGGAGGUGUACAUAUCCAGUGUCUUCCAUUUAAAGAGAGACAUUCAAAAGGCCUGGCACAGCUUUUUAUAACCCAUAGCAUCUUUGUCCGUGUGGCCAUCCUAAGUGGGAAAUAGCUGGGGUCCACACACUCAGAAAGAUGUCCAUUUUUACACAAAGUUUUGCUGUUAUCUUUUCCAUUAUAUACACAUUCUCCAAUUUUUCACCCUUCAUUGUUGAAGGGUGGGAGGCAAAAGCUUGAGCCAAGACAGUGUUAUCAUUUUCCUUACAACCAGUAGCAGAAUCUGUAGUAACUGGACCCAAUAUUUUCUCCUGAGGUCAAAGCCAAUAUAUAAUGCAGUGGGUUCAGUGGUAACGUGAACUUAAAUAUUUUUUACAUUUCUGUCUGAACCUCCUGCCAGGAUGGAAUCAGUCCUGGGAAUCAGUCCCAAAAAAUGUGAGUGUGAUCCCCAGUCUGAUUCCAGUUCCUCCAGCACAAAUUUGUGGCAUUUCUGUCGUAUUUUGAAAUACUGAAAGGAGUUUUGAAGAAUCUCAUUCUUAAUUUCCAAUCAAAUUCCUUCCAACCUGGACUUUGGGUGAUCUUAAAACCUUUUUCACAAACCUCCUCUCACUCCUCAUCUUCAAUAACAAUAUUUGUUUCUUGUUCCCACUUUUGCUUUAUAUAUAUAGAAUUGUCAGAGAAAUGCAUCUGUAAAUGUUUAUAUAGAUUAGAUAUAAUCUUCCUCUUAUUGUUUUCCUCUACACGUUUUAUCAGAAAUAUUUCUAAAGGUAAUUUUGGUUUACCUUUUGUUUCAAGGUAGGCCAUUCUUUGUGUGAUAAAAGGUAAUCCCUUAAUUGUAAGUACUUAUAGAAAUCUUUUGAUCAUAAUCCAUAUUUAUCUUGUAACUGCUUAAAUGACUAAAGUCUUAAGAGUUUCUCCACUGAAUAACUGAUUAAUUCUUAUUAAUCCUUUCUGUGCCCAUCUCUGAUAACCCGUAUCCAGUUUGUUUGGAAAAAAGUCAGUAAUCUUGGCUAUUUUUAUAAUGCGUGAUAUUGUUAAAGGUGCUCCUAAGCUAACAUAUUUCUAUCAGCUUUCCUUGUGGUUUCUCUGGAACUUUCUGACAGACAUUAAACCAAAUAUCAGUUUGGGUAUAUGUUUGAGCCAGCAUAUGUAAUUGUGAAGCUGUGUGGAAUAUUUAAAAGUUGUGCAUCAAAUUCCUGUUUUUAAUAUUAAUAGAACACGUUUGGAUCAGCGCUCCUUCGCUUUUGGCUUUUCCCUUCAGAGGGCGCCACGGCAAAUCUUCUGCAUCGCCUACGCUCUCACCAACCAGAGAGCCUAGGCCAAGCAAUGUUCAUAACACUACACAACCCCAAACAGAACAGUUACAGUCCAAAAUUAAUAUGACAUCAUUAGACCUGGUGAGUUUAUGUAAACUUCAGAUCGGCCCUGCAGAUGUUUUGCAUUUCAUAAUUAUCUUGAGUCCAGAUUUGAGAAAACCUGUGUGGAAACAAGGAGCUCUAAUGUAGAGCUGUAGAUUUACAUCGUUGAAAGGUCAACCAAUCCUACCUCACACUAACCAAAUAAGAACAAAAUCUGUCAAUGACUUGUGCUACAUUUGUAAUGGUUUAUGCUGCUAAAAAGGUUUUUUGUCCCAUUAUAAUUUUGUGUGUGGUGCUCUACCCCUGCACCACCACAGCACCUUUAAAUUUUAAAAAUAUCUUCAUAACAAAAGCAGCACAAACGUAGCAGAGUUGACCAGUUUUGUCUCUUGCAACUUUCAUUAACAUCUUUAAAAUGAUAAAGGCACAAACACACAUUUUUGCUGCAGAGGCGUUUGACACCGGUUUGAUUUGGUUUGAAUAAGGUUAAGUGUGGGAGAGAUUGUUAACUCCACUCAGGUUUCCUUGCAGACAGAAGGCCUGACAUUAGACUUUUUCCUCUUUGUUGUGAUCUUCAUGAUGCAUUUCCGUGUGUUUCUAAUGUUUUCACUUUUGUUGUCAGGCCAUAAUGAGCUCACUACAUUAAAUUAGAUAAACACAUUUAGGAAUCAGUUAGAUAUGAAAUCAUCCUUUGUGUUUUUCUGCUCCUAUAUUUGCUGUUUAUUGAGUGAACAUUAUGAACGAUGAAAGAAUAGACCAUUUCCUUCAUCCUUAUUGGUCCCGGCUGGUCAUGUGAUCGGCUGUAAUAAAGGCUGUAUUAAAGAACGCACCCAGUGGGUCCGCUAGGUGUGUCUGUGUUUGCCUUCACGCAGGCUUUAACCCACAAAAGACUUUUUUUAUUUGCCUGAUAGCAUAAGAAAAACACUGACACCUGGUGGCUGAAAGUAGAACUAAACCCUCUGCUUUCAAUUUGCAGGACAAUGAGCAGUAAACAACUGAAGUAAAACCAGGACAAACUUUUAGAUGAAUAAAACAGUUUAACAGAAUUAUUACCCAUCAGUUAGUUCCUAAAUUCUAUUUCACACAUAAUCUUGAUAUACAUAUUGCCAUAUGGCAUCUGUAAAGUUGUCUUCCUGACCUUUAUUUUUGUGCUUUUAGUUGUUUUGGCUGAGAUUUCUUAGCAUUCAAGCAGAAACUGAAAGUUUAGUUUUUCUCUGUGAAGUCUGUGUAGUUGAGUUAUUUUGUACGAUGUGUUUUUGUGUGUGUUAUGGCAUUUUGGCAGACAGGAGUCGAAUGGGAAGGGGGGAAGGGAGGCAGGGUUGGGUUGUACACAACGCCGUGGAUCAAAACCAGCAGCUAUAUUUGAAGGUUUUCCUCCUCCCUUCAGCAUGCAUAUGAGAAGGGAGCGGCAGCAAAGACACCUGAAGACACUUUGUUGUACAUUUCUCUCUCCACAAGAAGCGAGGUGUCACAAGUAUUAACUGAGCUCUAGGCACGAGUGAGUGGCAGGUCACCGUCAAACUACUCCUAUGCAAACAAACCCCAGACUGAAGCUCUCACCCAUGCUUAGCUUCUGCGAUGAUGACUCCAGCACACACAGUGCUCCUACUUUUGUUCACUUCCUUUUAAAAUGUAUGUUAAAUGUUCUAUUGUAAAAAAAAGAAAUGCAUAUAUAUCAAUAUUAUACUAUCAUAUUUAUUAUUUCCAUGCAUCUACAUCUAGCGGACUUUCCUCUGCCUUAACAAUGACAGCUGUAGAAAUGAACCGGGCAUGUUUUUAAGCAGUAGCCUACUUUUCCUCCACCAACAUGUGGAUAUGGGCUAUGGGUGCACCGAUUGCAGAUUUCUGGCCGAUCACCGAUCUUUAAAAAGCCUGACCUGCUGAUUCUAAUUAGGCCAUUUUUUUGUCUGAAAUGUUGCUAAGUUGGCAACAGCGGGGUGACCAGCUCACAUCACAUGUAGAUGUGAGCUGGUGGGCGGGUCUAUCAGUCAAACUUCACAUGGCUGAUUUUCAGACCUUUGCUGAGGUCAAUAAGAUCGGUGGAAACGAUCGGCUUCACAUCAGCCGAUCACUGAUGUCCCAAAGUUAAGGAAAUUGUGGCCGAUUUAUUGGCCGGCCAAUUUAUCAGUGCACCCAUAAUAUGGGCCCCCUGUGGGUGUUGGUCAGGCAGGUUGAUCUGGGCUCUGCGUAGGGUCCAUUUAAGUUGUUUUAAGAACGCCUUCUAGUCUGACCCAGUUGGGUAGCAGGGAUAGCUCCUAGCUGGGUCAAUCUGUUAAUACCUGCCAGAAACUGCAGAGUUCUUGUGGGCCCAGAUUUCCAUCAAACAUCUACCGAACAUUGAUAUUGGACCAUGAAACAGUUUUUUGCAAAAACAUUCAUACUCAUUCAUACAUUUCAACUUUUGAAAAGCGUUAUGUGCACACAAGCCUCAAGUUGUCUUUUGGGGAUUUUAUGAGAUAAACUAAAACUCAGUAGAUCAUGAUGGAGGUAGACACCAACAAACUCUGGGGCUUAAAUUCUACAUUGAGUUUUAGGUUGUUGGAGAGCGAUCAGAUUCUGAUCUAUUGAUUUUAAACUUGCAAAUAUUGUAAAUUUUGUAACGACAUUGUAACAAAAACCUAUUUGUAGUGUAGUUUUGCCCCACUACAAAAUGAUUUGACCACCAGACACGCAGGUGUAGACAAAGGAUCAAGGGAUGUUUUGAAGAGCUUUUAUCAUUUUCCUUCAACUCCACAAUUUAAAAUUACCUUGUGUUGGUCUGUCCUAAUAAAAUCCACUGAAGUUUGUGGCAGUAACACAACAAACUGAAAAAAAUUGAGUAUGAAUAUUUUUACAGGCACUGUCACCUGUAAUUAUCCCCCAUUUAAAAAUAAGAGUGCAUUAUUUCUUGUGAGUUAUCUCAGAAAGUGAACCGGUCAUUUUAUAGAGACUCAGUAGGCAUAGAGCAAAAUACUUCAAGCUAUGUUUUUUUUUUUCAAUUUUAUUGGCUAUUGCUUACAGGUAAAAAAAAAACAUAAGAUGACUGACAAGAAAUAUUCCACUUUGCACAACAUUCUAACUUGUUUAGAUGUAAUACUUUCUGGCUCCUUUAGAUGAAUUGCCGUUGAAUGAUUGGUCGUUUCCCAGUAAGGUCCAGCUUGUUCUGCUGUGAGCCCAACAUAAGCUGCGUUUCCAUUACAAAUGUGUGCAAAACUUUGUCAAUAGUAAGCUAAACAACACCAACCCCCCCCCCCCCCCCCCCCCUCCCACAAUUUCAUAAUUGCAGUUUCUAGCCCAAAAACCUUUUAUCAAUAAACGAGCGUUUCCUCGUUUUUUAAUUUCUGUGUUUCCAUUAAGCGAAUCUAUUUUCAUAAUUCCAAUUUGCGCAAUUUGAAGGUCGAUGGAAAUGCAGCUGUAGUUCCACAGCUGUCUUCACAGCACCGAAUGAUGAUGAUCCACCUUUUGUUUUGUGUGGAUGGUGCCUUUUCUUUCUAUCAUCCAAACAUGCCAUUUCAGUUUGUGUUCUCUGGCCUUUUUUAACUCCUAGCAGCUAAGCAUCCACGUUUAGCAUGACUUUGACGUGUCUCAUCUCAGAGGACUGCAGAGAAUCCUGAGGGUGAGCGUGUGGUUCCUCUGCUGACAGAUUAUUAUCGUCACACAUUGCUAGUUCCAAGUCUGUUUUGAGAUGCUGUACAUAACCACAUUUUAAGACUUCCUCAUUGAGAUACUAAUAAGAUAAUUGUCUUCUAAUGCACUGUUGUUGCUAAGAUACCUGACAUAGUGAUAAGUUGAAAGAAAGUAUUUACUGUUCUUUAUUGUCUCGCUUUGGACACUAAAGUUCCUGGCAGUGCACACUAUUAAACUCUGGUGCACCGUAGGCCACUCUCCUUCUCUUCUCGCUGUUUUUGAAUAGUGUUGCAUGUGCCUGCUUUUUUCCAGUGGAGAACGUUAGCACUUAUUGUCCCACAGUUUGUACAGACGGACAGAUGCUCCACCCGCACAGCUCAGUUCCUGCCGUGCCACUCGUCCAUCAGUUCUUUUAGCUUUCCCGCGCUGUUAAGAGACGGGAUCCGUUCGACCCCAUGAGCUUUUUACCUUGUGUGGGGUCGCACUGAUCCUGCAUGCACUUCUACAAGUUGUUUUUUGUGUGUGUGUGUGUGGUUUCGGGAACUGACAGUCUGAUGGGACAAACCCCCUCUUUCCCACUGUCUGACUGUGACAUCUUCCACGCUCCUUCUGAGCGCCGCACUAAGACCACAAGAGGGUUAAUUGUCAUUAGUAGUGUUGCCCCUCUGGUGCAGAACCCAGUCCCUUCCAACCCCCCCUCACUGGUUGUCCCAGAAUGCUCUCCCUGAGCUGCAGCAGGAAACACAGAGCUUUGCUUGUUGGAGCGUCUGUCCACUCUCCUAUCUGUUUUUGGUAUGGGUGUGUGUGUGUGUGUGGGUGUGUGUGUGUGUGAGAGAGUUGGCCUGCACAUGACUUUGGAAUCUACAUAUGGCCUAAAUGUGUUGUCUUUUUUCAUAGCGUUUAUAGAUGAGGCAGCAAUAGCCCUGUGCAGGAAAAUCAGAUGUUUAUUUAGCUGCUUUUAGCAAACUUGUCCAAAUGUCACUGUACAAAUGACUGUUAAUGAGAAAAAAGUCAUGUAUAUUUAUUUUAUAUCCUCUAUAAUAAAAACCUCUUUUGUCUGA